AUGCUCUCGCUGGCGAUGCGCCGGCGCGCUCUGAGCCUUGCGGCGCUCGCCGCCGCCGUUGCCCUGUGCCGCGGGCGGCUGCUUGAGGCCCUGCGGCGGCUGCUCGCCGCAGCGCUGCGGAGACUCGAGGAGCCGGGGGCCCUGGCGCCGGCCGCCUCGCCCGGUCGGCCGCUGCGCAUCGCGGGCUUCGAGCAGGUGGCCGGCGGCGGCAGCGCGGCGGGCAGCGCCGCCGGCAGCGACGCCAGCGGGCUCGGGCCGCUCGUGGCCGUGGCCGCGGCAUCGCCCAGGGGCAGUGCGGCGGAGUCGCCGGCGCCCGCCGCGGCCCUCGGGCAGCAGGCGCCCGGGGCCCUGCCCGGCACGCCGAGGUCGCAGGCCGUGCCACUGUCUGGGCGCUCGGCGUGCUCGGAGGCCUCGGAACCUCGCAAGCUGCAGUGGUCCGCGCGCUCGAACGCGAGCCGCGGGUCUGCGCGCUCCGAGGCGUCGCAGAAGAUCAUCGGCGAGCUGAUGGCGGAGGUGCAGCGGCUGAAGGCGGAGCGCCCGGGCGAGGCGCCAGCCCCCGACUCCGCCAGGUCCCACAGGUCUGCGGGGUCCGAGGCGGCGAUCCAGGGCCUCCAGGCAGAGGUCCAGCGGCUCCGAGGCGAGCGGGACGUCGAGAGGCGCAGGCGGGAGGACGUGGAGCGGGUCUCUUCCAACCGCUUUUCGCAGCUCGAGGGCAUGAUCGCCGACCUGCACUCGGAGCUUCAGGUUCUCAUGCGCGACCGCGCUGCGGACGCCAUCGUGCGCGCCACUCAGAACAUCGAGAGCGAGAUGGCCGGGACUAAGAACGGUCUCCAGACGGCUGGCGUCGGCGCGACGUGCCAGACAGUGCAGCAGGAAGAGGGCGGGGAGGGCGAGGAUUGGAAGGAGCCGCCUGUGUUGGCAGUCUCGGGCAGUCGCGUCGCGCUGCGGGGUGGAGCAGCGCCGAGGUGCGAGCGCGCGCUGGUGGGCGCCUUCCCAGAGGACGAGGAAGUGUCCGAGUUCACGGUCGAGCAGCUCCGCAUGAUCAUUGUUGCGACGGUGGAAUCGUUCGCCGCGAAGUCUGGGGGGCGGCCUCCAGAGUUCUUCGACGUGGCCCUAGGCGACGAGGUUAAGGCUGCCCACGGCAUCAUGCGCAUGCCCGUGGACGAGCUGGAAGAGCCCCGGCAGAUGGGCAAUGCCGUGGCAGGAGCGGCCCCCAGCGGGGCGAGGCCCGAGGUAGUCCUUGAGGUAGUGGUUCUGUGCGGCCAGGUGCAUCGGGACGGGUUGAUCCAGGCCCUUGAUGUGGCCGCCGAUGGGGGUGUCUCGCGGGGCGAGGCUGCCUUGGGCCAGCUGUGCUCCAGCUUCGCGAAAAGGCCGAAGUCGAGCUGGCCAGUGAUGGCGGCGAUGCAGUUGCCUGACAGUCGUGUUCGGCUGGUAUUUUGGCUGCUGGCAGCUGGCUGCGUCAGCGCCGCCCUGCGCGGCAGCGGGGCCAACCCGCCUCCGUCCGUGCCCGACGCGAAGGGGGAGGCUACGCGCGACGCGUCGCCCGCGAACGAGAGAGCCACGGCAGAUGACGAGACUCGGGCGGUGCGCGGAGUGAUCCGGGUUGGCGGGCGGGACCUGCAUUACGAUGCUGGGCGUUGGGUGCCACGGCUGGCGGUGGGCACGAUGCUGCAAGGCGGCGAGUCCGCGGAUGCGGGCAGGCGUCAGCCAACGGUAGCAAAAAGGCAACCUGGCCCGCAUCGAGACGAGGCCUUGUCCCUGGCUGCCGAGGGUCUUCGGCUGGAGUGCGAGGCAGCCACGUGUCAGCUGUCAGGCCGCACAGCCGUCUGCGAGGACCCCGGGGCCUCCAUGCCCUUGCGCGCGGCGCGCCAGCACAAGAGGCGCCGCAUCCUGCACGGGCGCGUGCAGCAGGUCCCAGUGCCCACGGCGCUGCGCAGCCCGCCGUGCGCUCGCUGCGCGCCCCCGGACCUGGGCUGGGACGCAGGACUGGGCCUGGUCACAGUCGCGUUCAGCACUAUCAUUACCAAAUCUAACAAGGGCCGGCGCGGCGCGGCGGCGGCGCCCGCCGCCGCGCCACCGCGCGGCGAGGUGCCGCCGCCGCCGCCGCCGCCCGCCCGCGGCCUGCAGCGGCCCCACGGCGAGGCCCUCGCGGCGCCGCCGCCCCGCGAGCCCUCCUGCCCCCGUGCUCCCGCGAGCCCGCCGCCGCGGAAGCUCGCGGGCGCCCCGCCAGUGGGCGCCCACGGCGAGCUCGCGGGGCGCCGCGGCGGCGCCUGAGCUGGCCGUGCGAGGGCGGGCCGC